AUGAAGGGUAUCAAGAAGAGUAAAUCCGGGUGUCUGGUGUGCAAACGACGCAAGAAAAAAUGCGACGAGGCCAAACCCAGAUGUGGACAUUGCCAACGGCUUGGUCUGGAGUGCAAAUACGGCGUCGUCCUUAACUGGAUGAAAAUACAGCUGCGUGCUCGAUUCCAUGCCAGCGGUGCACAGCCGACAAACCACCAUCUUCUCAAUGCCAACUUCACCAACAUGGGACUGGCAUACCAUUUGCUGCAAAUGUCUCCAAAUUGUCCCGUCCGCGUCCAUAACGAGCUCUGGACUGCCACCGUUGCCGAGCCGUGCAUCGACCCACGGAAAACGUCGCCAGAGUACCUUUUCAACCACUAUGUCCGCAACAUGUCCAAGUCGCGCUCGUUCUGCGGGAGCACAGACACGGCCAACGAGUUUGUAUCCAUCAUCGUGCCGCUGUGCAAGAACUUCACCGCGCUGAACCAGUCUGUGCUGUGCUACGCGGCCAUCGACCUACUCAAAGAGGAGCUCACUAGCACAACACCACAUAAAGAUGUUUUGCAGAGCUACUACUCAUUGUACGUCCAGUUCAAAGACGACGCUAUCAAUGGGCUGCACUUGAUCCUGGACACGUGCGACCUGUCAAACCUCGAGAUCCUGGAGGAGUUGAUUAUUACCAUCAUGAUUUUGUGCGCAGCAGAAAUCGCAAAUAACACCAGCAAAAACUGGGUGAACCUGAUGAAGGAGGGGUUUUUGGUGUUCUCAUCGCUGCAGCCGACGCAGAUUCUCAACUCAAAAGUACUCACGUUUGUGUAUCGCUAUUUUUCACUGCGUUACGUUCUGCUCGUGUGCACAUUGAAAGGAGACGUUCUGGCACAAUUGCUUGACUCGUGCCGCUGGCCGGUCAUUGAGUCCUUCUUUGAGAGCGACACAGUGGACCAUCUUUUUGGGUGCUCGCCGAAACUACUCCACACCAUCCAUCAGAUGGCUAUGUUGAACCAUGCUCGCGAAACAAAUGCCAUUGAGGAGUCUGUUCUUGUAGAGCAGUAUUUGGGUAUAUGGACCACGCUUUCGGAGAUGAAACAGAGAACAGCUCAGGACAUCUCUGAACUGGACAUGUGUGCAGCGGCAUACCUUGUUGCGGCCAAAGUCUACUUCUGCAUGCUGCUCUUGAUCGGCAACCUCUCUUUCAAUAGAAACUUUAAAAAAAAGUUUCUUCUGCUCACCAAAAACCUUACAGAGUUGCUGAUCGGCCUCAGCAAGGUCAACAUGAAGGUUUUUUUCCCCGGUUGGACGCUGCUUGUCCUCGCAGCCUGUCAGAGCUGCACCCCUGCGGGCGAGGACGUUCGGCAGCAGAUCAUGGGCAUCUUCCAGACGCUGGAACUAAAAUGGCCACUGAGCACUGUUGCAGAGCUCAAGGACGCCGUGCAGUCGAUCUGGGUGCUCUACGACACAAGCAUCGAGGAGCCAGAAAAUUUAGCUGGCGCAUUGAGAUUAGAGCCCAACGGCGUUGACUGGCGCGACAUGAUCUGUGCUGCCAAUUAUUGGCUUCCACUGGUUUAA